GAGAGAGAGAGAAUAGUGUAAAUAGGAAUAUAAUGAUCCAUAAGGAACAACAUUUAAUGAAGAUGAACUGGGAAGCAUAAUAAAAAGAUUCAACACAUUUUUUGACAACGUUUAAAUCUAUACAAACUAUCUGAUAAAAAUGGAACAAAUUGGAAGAAGUAAGACAAAGUACACUUCACCACAAACAUCUACGUGGUCUACUAAACAAACUACUGAUGUGAGAAUUCCACCUGAUGCAUAUUGGAAAUAUACACAAAGAACCAAUCAAGAUACAACUGAUAAAAACACUAGACGUCAUCAGAAUCUCAUGUCAGAACCAACGGUGAGCUAUUAUUCCUCUGCAAAUUCCUAUAAGAUUAAUACUUAUCCACGUUCGAUGCAUUUAAAAUAUCCUUCUGCUGUUACGGAAGCACCGCAACGAUUUCAACAAAAUACUAUGAAAUCUGAUAGAAAUAAAGAUUAUGCUAAUAACGUUGCUGUGAUAGACAAAGAUCGGUAUAAGACUCGGCAGGAAGAUGAGAGCAAUGUAGAAUACAUCGACGAAGAAUUAGGAAAUUUUACAGAAGAUAAUAUAGAAGAUGAAGUUGAAGAAGAAGCAGAAAACGAUCAAGAGAGAAUCGGAGAGUCUCUCGAUAAGGAGUAUGAUGAACAGGAAGCAGAUGAUGAGAUAGAUGAAGAAUCUGAUGCACCUGCCGAACCACACGUGAUGCAACGAAAUACAGUUAAGAAAGAUGCUUUGCUGCGAACACAGCAACGAAUGCAAAUAAACCAACAACAAAAUCCGCAUAAAAUUCGUUAUGCUCAAUAUUCGCCAAAAUUGUAUCAAGCUCAUCCUUUGCCAAUAAGGUAUUACCGCAACAUACCUGAUCGUGAUAUCCAUGAAGCAUUGUCCGAGGAAGAUCUGUAUACAGCUCAAGCGUUGAAAAAUCCUCCUCGAAAAUCAUCAGUGGAUUAUCAUCAAAAUUGGAUUCCACAGAGAAAUUCCAAUCGAUAUGACACAAUGAUCUCGCCAAUGCAGUCAAGCCGCCGAGGUCAGACGAGACCAGAAAUAAAGUCCUUUACGGAAGCAGAAAUUGUUGAUAGGAGAAAAUGUAGCCGUUGUGGAAACGUUUCGAUUAAAAAUCCAUCAAUCUCCAAAAAGAAUAAUUGUAGAUUCCAAGAUAGUCCUAAUUUCUCGACUAGAAGGCAUUUUGGCGAUGAUGCUGAGAUCCUUAAUAAAUCCUGGUGCGGGUAUUGUAAGCCGAAAUACCACGAUGUAGAAAACAUGGGGCCUUGUGAAAUUCCAUCACCGGCUUUAUACUCGAUGAAAACACGACGUUCGAAGGACUCUAGUAUACCAAUGUACGAAACAUUGGAAGGAAAACAUCCAAUGGACGAAUUGUCGCAUAAAUUCGCACGGAUAUCAUCUAAAUAUACCAAAGAGACACCAAAUAUUUUGCGUGAUAGGACCAGACACUCUGCGCAGACAGCACAGGGUGCAACCAGAAUGUCUGUUCAUUAUGCUUGAA